AUGUCUAGAUCAAAGGCUUCUAAGAGUGUUCCCUCUCAUCCUAAAUAUGAAGAUAUGAUUAGAGACGCGAUAAUCAGUUUGAAAGAAAGAAAAGGAAGCAGUCGUCAUGCGAUUAAGAAAUAUAUCCUUAGUACUUAUAAACUUCCUGAUACUGAGUAUACAUCCAGUAGUCUUCGAAAUGCUAUUACUAAAGGUGUCAGUAAAGAAAUUUUCGCUUUACCAAAUGGACCCAGUGGUACGAUUAAAUUAGUCAAGAAAGAACCAGUUAAGAAAGAAAAAAAAGAGAUCGAAAAGAAAGAUAAACCGAAGAGAUCUACAAAAACUAUGAAGAAGACUGAGAAGAAAGCUGAGAAACCUGAAAAAAAGACCGAGAAAAAAGUUGUUAAGAAAGAGACUAAACCUAAGACGACUAAGACUAAAAAAGAUGAAGCGACAAAAAAAUCAACUAAGAGAAAAGCUGCAGCAGCAGAGAAAUCGAAAAAAACGACUAAAGAACCAGCUGCCAAAAAAACUAAAAGUGCCGUUGAAAAGAAGGCGCCAGCCGUGGGACAAAGGAAAUCUACUAGAAGAACCGCAGCGACUACUACUUCAUCUUAA